UGUGAUUGGCUCAAGUCAUCAGUAAGUUUGAAUGUGCUAGUUCGUCCUGUCAGUGUAGAGUGCGCCGGUCAUGAGGUUAGAGACAGAACAUGGAGAUAAUUGCCGCCGUCCGCGUUGUUGUGAAGUCACUGUUGUUUGUGCUGCUGUGGUCAAACGGUGACGGGAAGGAUUCGGAGCACAGCUACGUCACAUGCGGCUCUCUGGUGAAGCUGCUCAACACCAGACACGACGUCCGCCUGCAUUCCCACGAUGUCAAGUACGGCUCAGGUAGUGGACAGCAGUCUGUAACUGGGGUGGAGAGCGCAGAUGAUGCAAACAGCUAUUGGCAGAUUCGUGGCAAACCCAAGUAUCCAUGUCAGCGUGGAACCGCCAUCAAGUGUGGUCAGUCGAUCCGCAUCACACACAUGAAGACGGGUCGGAACCUCCACACGCACCACUUCAGCUCCCCUCUGUCCAACAACCAGGAGGUCAGCGCCUUCGGCGAGAACGGGGAGGGCGACGACCUGGACGUGUGGGCGGUGCAGUGCGAAGGCCUCCACUGGGAGCGUGACGAGGCGGUGCGCUUCAAGCACGUGGGGACUGACGUGUUCCUGAGCGUGACCGGCGAGCAGUACGGCCACCCCAUCCGCGGCCAGCGCGAGGUGCACGGCAUGAGCUCUCCCAACCAGCACAACUGGUGGCGCACCAUGGAGGGCGUCUUCAUCCAGCCCAGCCAGGAGCCGCUGCGCCACGAUGAGCUCUGACGCCAUCGCCUGCAGGCCUCAGCGGACGCCUGGGAAGCGCUGUGGUGGCUCUGAAGCUGCCAGGGCCGAGUUUGAAUGAUGUAAAACAUUUGACUCAUCACAUGCUACUGUAACGCACCAAGGCAUAGAGAGAAGGGAACGGUAUGUUGUGUUGUAGCCGUGCUUUCCUUAGUUUCUUUUCCUUUAGUUUUAGAUUUGGUGAGAAAAGGAAGAGAAGUGCAGGGCUGACGGGCAGCUAACCUCCAGAGCAACCGCACUGGAAGGGCUGAAAGGCCUCAUGUCCAAUAAUCAGUGUAAAUAUCAAAUCCACAACAAAUUCCUGAAACGUUGUUUGAGUGUAACUUAACAAGCAGUUGAACCCAUUUUUAAAAAUGAAUUCAUUGCAAUAAAAUGUGCAAAAACGUG